GCGGGUUUUCAAGAUGGCGGUCAGCAAAAUUGUAAUGAACACGAAUUCCUGCGAGUUUACGUGGAAUUUUUCGACGGGAGCCCAAAAAAUGAUUGAAGAUGAGGACUCCCAAAUAUGGGAAUGGAAUGGUGGUCUAUAUCAUCUGUUGGCAAAGGCGGCUUAGAGAGCGGAGUUCUCCUAAUUGGUUCAUCCUCUCGUUGGCCAUCGCAGAUCUGUUCGUCGGGGCGACCAACCUGUCUACCAUCAUAGCUUGUUCUCAACCUAACAUAUGUUCCCCGAGACAAGCAACUUCUAAAGUACUUUUAUUCAUGAAAGAGUCUUCUUUUGCUGCUUCUGCUACAUCUUUGUGUAUUUUGACUUUUGACCGCUACCUAGCGGUUGUACACCCUUUCAGCUAUAGACAGUUUAUGACUUGCACAAAAUGUCUGUAUCUCAUCGCUGGUGCAUGGUGCCUUGGGGUAGCUGUUGUAUUACCCGGCCUCCUGUAUAAGCUUGGAGUCUUGAAUGGUGGGAAAUCAUCCUAUGAAUUUUGCUUUAUGAUUCUAUUUCUUCUGAUGAUUCUGUUCAUGAUUUAUGCCUAUGUGAGGAUAGCAACGGUUGUGAGACGGCAUCGCAAAGUGAUCAUCGUCCAGGAAAGACAAAUGGCGUCGAACACGGAACACGAAAUCACAAGGCCAAGCGAGCGGAAAAGCAACCAAAACACCAAAAACACUCCUAGACAGGCGAGUCUAGCAUCCGUCGCGAUUGUAGUUGGCAUUUUCCUUGCCUGCAACGCAAUAGACAUGAGUUAUUUUCUGUGCAAAGCUAUUGAUUCGUGUAAGGCAUCACAGGACUUCUUGAAAAUAACUGAUGUCACUAGAUAUGUGAACUCGGCGGCAAACGUUUUUGCGUAUGCUCUUGUCAAGGGAGAGUUCCGAGAACACUUCAGGAACAUGCUGCUGUGCAAAAAGGAGUUAACACCCUCGCCAGAAAAUAAAAGCUGGAAUGUACCCUCUUACAUCUGUCAAAUAAUGAUGAAGUAGAUUACGUAUG